AUGGCCAUGGCAUAUGCCUACGGUCUGGUUCUGGCUAUCUACCUCAUGGGUCACGGACUUGUCGCCAUACCACGUCGUCUGAUCAGGGAUGCUAGCGUCAGCGCUCGAUUGAAGAGGCUUCAGAGCCAUGCGCCGGGCAUACACGAGAAGCUGGAUGAGGCUAUUGAGGAUCUACACAAAGUCGAGACUCAGGUCCUUCAACUACGCCAGCGCAAAAACACAAUACCCAAGGACCUACAAGAAUGGGUCGAAGAACUCUACGAUAUGUCCAGUCUGCCCGAAUCGCGUCCUGCUGCUACUUACGCAUCUGUACCCGCACCCCCACCCGUCGUGACGGAAAGAUAUCUGGCAGAACUAUCUCGAAAAGUAAAGCGUGCGCGACACAAGCGUGCACGUUUUACUGGCGAGUGGAACCACCUCGUCAGGCAGGCUGCCAGAUUCCAGUCACUCAUCGACUUCCCUUCGUCACAGCGUCCAAAAGCAGCAAGCAUGCGUUAUCAUGUCCAGGUUCAUGUCUUGCCUACUCUGCGUGUUGUUGCAGGUGUCUUCCUGGCCUGUGCAUCUGUCGGCCUGCUCUGGUCAGAAGUGGUGCACGAGAUGGGACCAAAGCUCUCGUUGGUUGGAAUGAGCGUCGUGCAUCAUCCCUCGAGCUCUCGAGGGCAGAUCGGUUUCGCCGGUCAGAUGAUUUCCGCUGCGUGGUUGCUAUACAUGUGUGCUGCAGCUUUGUACUCUGUAACGGAAGUCAAGGUCUGGGGCAAUCGUGCACUCGUACGUCGCCAGACAUACGCUGAGAGUGCAUGUUGGUAUAGCUUGCAGGUUGCUAAGCUCACAGUUCCUUUGAGCUUCAACUUCAUCACCAUGAUCGACCCGACCAUCAGCGAAGGUACCACCUUUUACAGUUUCCUCGGGCGACUGAUCAACCUCACACCUGUUAUUGGCAACUUCUCAGCCUAUUUCCCAAUCGUUGUUUUAAUUCCAGUUGUUGCGACUCUCUUCAACCUCUAUGGCAAGGUCAAGAAUGUGAUCGGCUUCGGCGUAAUUGAAGACGAACACGACGAGCCGGGAGCAGGAACUUGGCGUGAGGGCCGCAUUCUCAUCGAACGUGAGCUCCAGGCCGAUGGCUCACAACUGAAUUUGGCUUCUUCCAGUCUGCUGUCUUCAGCUGAACCAUCACCACGUCAUAGUGCCGACCUCAAUCGACCAAGAAGAAUGAACAACAAUAACAACAACCGCGCCUCUGCAGCACGAAGAGCUGCUGCGCGAAUGCCCGAGGAGGACGAAGACACAAGUGAAAGAGCUUUCUUCCAGGAUGUCGGUCAGCGCAUGCGCAACACCUUUGAUACAGUCGAAACACCGGCGUGGCUCCGGGAAAUCGGAGAGGGUAUUAAGAAGCCCAGGUGGAUGAGCGGAGGCAACGAUGAUGGUGCUCCAAGCUCAGGAUAUGGGGGCAACUUCUUUGGCAAGCUGUUUGGCGGUAGUAGUAGUAGUGACAAUGGUAAUAUUAGAUUGUAG